AUGCGCGCGCGUUCGCCCCAGCUAGGGAAUUGUUUUAAAAUAGGCGGCCGCGGCAAUCUCAACAGACCAUAUAGCGGGCGCAAUAACAACCGCGCGCCGAUAACGAAAUGGAACACGUCUCCCCCGAUAAGAUUGGAAAUCGGCUCCGACGACGCUAACGAGAUAAACGUAUCUAGAUCUGAAGUCGGUUCUGACGACGCUAACGAGAUAAACGCAUCUGGAUUUGAAAUCGGUUCUAACGACGUUACCGAGAUAGACGAAUCUAGAUUUGAAAUCGGUUCUGACGACGUUAACGAGAUAGACGCAUCUAGAUUUAGAUCGGUUCUAACGACGCUUACGAGA